GAUCUGUGUGAAAAGUUAAAUCUUAAAGCCAAGGAACAUGUCUUAGACAUUGGAAGCGGAAUGGGCACAACGGCAUUUUAUAUGGCCAAGGUAAACAACUUGUGCGUUUUUACGUGUGUAGUCGAUGAAAAAAUACAAUUAUAGAAAUAUAAUUAUUUUAUUCGAUACAGACAUAUGGUGUAUUUGUGACUGGCAUUGAUGUGUCUUCGAAUCAAAUCAACCUCGCCAUGGAGAGAGCGAAUAACGAGAAAAACGAGCAGGUUUGUUGGACUUGUUGCGAAUUCGCUGCGAGCGUUUGGGAUAUACAGCGUGUCCCAAAAAAUGCAAUAGGUACUUGUCCCACAUUUGUGCACGGCUAAUCGGCCUACUGAACACCUACCGGGACACGCCUAGAAAAUAUAUCUCUCUUCCUGGCAGCAAAAUCCAAAAAUAGAAAUUUCCUGUGUAUAAGACAAAUACAAAACGUCCUGCAUAUGUACAUGUCAGAGAACGUAUGAUGCCACGCAUUAAUUGUGAUAAAUUUUAAUCUCGACACAAGACAAUCUCGACUUGCAAAAUGCUUUUGGAAUUUUUACGCGAUCUGACCGCGUAACUCAGUUGGCAGAGCAUUGGGCUAGUAUUCCAAAGGUCGUAGGUUCGAUUCCCACCGUGGCCAGGCAUAUUUUUCAAGCCUGCCCGGUGUGGAUAUACACUCAGAGUAACAUCACAAACAUCAUAUUCACCUGAGUACACUACACCAACACAAAAAAUCCAGUGAAUUAUAUGGCAUUCCUGUACAUAUAACAAAAAUUUCCUGCAAGGUGAAGAAAAUUUCACGCGAAAAUACUUUGUGAAACAUUUUCUGGCGCUGCCGAACAUUUUCCAAGACUGGUCUCCGGGAUGACAAGGUUUGAUGCCCCCUUACUUUAGGUUCAGGUUAUUGAGUUUCUAACUCAUUGAUGAGUGGAUUUCCCAACAGGCUAUUAUAGACCUUUCCCCUUUUAAGUGAAAUUUUGAUCUAGACUAGCCUGGACAAAUAUUUCAUCACAGCUUGAAAGAGUAUCACAAAAUUAGUAAUAUUCCGAAGUUUCGUUGCGAAAUGUUGUAAAAUGCGGAUAAUAUAGCAUUGCGAAGUUUGCCGUUUUUCAGUCAUUUUGUAUUACAAAUGGGAAACUGAUCAUCAGUUUGAUCAUCUGAUUAUCAAUUUCCCGUUAGUAAUCUAAAAUGACUGAAAAACGGCAAACUUCGCAAGGCUAUAUUAUCCGCAUUUUACAACAUUUCGCAACGAAACUUCGGAAUAUUACUAAUUUUGUGAUGCUCUUUCAAGCUGUGGUGAAAUUUUUGUCCAGACUUGUCUAGAUCAAAAUUUCACUCAAAAGGGGAAAGGUCUAUUGCCCAAUUGAUAAGGGAUCCGAGGUACCUACGAUUUUAACGUCCUUAUCCGAGAAGACGCGAAAGUCUAACCAUUUACUGAUGUCAAUGUAAAGGUAGCUCUUUCUCCUUAUUUUAAGACCUUGACUAGAGGUCCGACCAAAGAUUGAACGCGGGUCUCCUAGCUUGAAAGGCAAGCAUGGCGACCACGACACCACAAGCACGUGUGAUCAUGCAACAAAGAUUAAUAACGAUCUAUAUAUCUGCUGCGUUUCAGGUACAUUUUGAAAUUGGCGAUGUGACACGUCGCAACUACAAACCAAACUCGUUCGAUGUAAUAUACAGCAAAGAAGUGUUUCUACAUGUCGCUGAUCAACAAAGCUUGAUUAAAUCAUGCUAUGUAAGUUCAAUACAUGUAUCAGAUCUACAAACAAGUUGCAACAAGGUUGUUGUGAAGCCGAUAUCAGGAUGUGUUCGCACUGCUUGUUCCCAGUUGUUGUGACAAGUCUGGAACAAGUUGUUAUCACCUUGUUACAAUGUUGAUGACGGUAACAGACUUGCUACAAGUUGUUGCAACAAGACUAAUACAGGCUGUUCGUAACAAGUUGCUACGAGCUUGUUGUCAUCAACUUGUUAACAACUUGUGACGUGCAGACGAUAUCAGACUUGUUGGAACAACUUGUUGCGAGUCUGUUGGCCUCAUCAACUUCGUUACAAGAUGAUAACAACUUGUUCCAGACUUGUCAACAACUGGGAACAAGCAGUGCGAACAUAUCUUCUUGACAAGCUGUGAGAUUUUUUGCGUGUAUAUAUUAUAUACACGUAAAAAUAGCAUCCCAUUGGUGGAUGCUGUUUUUUUCUAUGCAUAUUAUACUAGAUUAAAAGGGCUAUGACAAUAUACAUAAAAGUUGAUGAAAAGUGUACAUACGCCUUCAUGUUCAUUGUUGAUGUUCACUAUUUCUCCUGCCGUAGGGAUGGCUCAAGCCAGGAGGUCGAUUGCUUGUCACCAACUACUGUUCCAGCGGCAAGAGUCCAGCGUCAGCGAGGUUUCAAUCCUAUGUAAAAGAAAGACAAUAUCAUUUGGUUGAUGUUAAAACUUUCGGAAAGGUAUGUAGUGAGAUAUCAUGAGGCUAAAGUUCUAUGGAAAAUGUUUUGCAGUUUUCCUGUGGGCAGCUUCCUCCUGUAGUAUAACACUGGAUCAAUAAGAGAUGAUCCUUACUGGACCUCUAGGAAGAACAGUUUAGAACUGAUAGAGCUAUCCAGUAUAAAUAAAGUUAGUUUAGGUUUCCUCCUGUAGUAACAGUGGAUCAAUAAGAGAUGAUUCUUACUGGACCUCUAGGAAGAACAGUUUAAUUUAAAACUGAUAGAGCUAUCCAGUAUAAAUAAAGUUAAUUUAGUUUAGGUUUCUUCCUGUAGUAACACUGGAUCAAUAAGAGACGAUUCUUACUGGACCUCCAGGAAGAACAGUUUAGAACUGAUAGAGCUAUCCAGUAUAAAUAAAGUUAGUUUAGUUUAGGUUUCCUCCUGUAGUAACACUGGUUCAAUAAGAGAUGAUUCUUACUGGACCUACAAAGAGUUAAGUAGAGAACUGGUAGACUUAUUCAAUAUAUGAGAAUUCAGUCUAGAUCUAGCUUGUCGUUUUCCUUUUCUUUGCUGGGAUUUAGUGUUUUGAGGAAGCAGGAUUUGAUAAUGUCACUGCGAGGGACACAACUGACCAGUUUGUGAAGGUGCUGGAGAAUGAGUUGCAAACGUUUCAACAAAAUAAAGAUCAAUUUCUUCAGGUGAGCUAUCUUUGUGCCAUUCUAUGUUUACAUUAUCAGAACAGUGGUAACUAGGCAUGAGAGUUAUCAAUUCACUCACAUAUAUAAUUUAAAUGCUUGGUUACCUUUGUUCCAUUCUAUGCUUACAUUAUCAGAACAGUGGUAACUAGGCAUGUGAGUUAUCAAUUCACUCACAUAUAUAAUUUAAAUGCUUGGUUACCUUUGUUCCAUUCUAUGCCUACAUUAUCAGAACAGUGGUAACUAGGCAUGUGAGUUAUCAAUUCACUCACAUAUAUAAUUUAAAUGCUUGGUUACCUUUGCUACAUUCUAUGCUUACAUUAUCAGAACAGUGGUAACUAGGCAUGUGAGUUAUCAAUUCACUGACACAUAUAAUUUAAAUACUUGGUUACCUCUAUGCUUACAUUAUCAGAACAGGUAAUAAGGUGGUAAAUGGCAAUUCUCAAAUGCCAAAAACAAUUUUGGACACAAAUGAAUUAAGUGUAUAUAUGUUUUAAUUUCGCAGGAAUUCUCGCUAGAAGAUUACUACACAAUUGUGAAUGGCUGGACGGACAAACUGCUUCGGUGUAGCGAAGGAGAUUUAAAAAGUGGAGAAUUUCUGGGAAUAAAACCAGCAUGAUGAGAUGUUACCGAACCAAGAAAAAUGUUUAUUUUAAAAUUUAUUUUAGAGAUUAAAUAACAAAAGUAAAAGACAGAUUAUAUAAAUGUUAAUAUUUAGAUACUCAAAAGCCUGGGCUUCCAUUUGAAUCGUAGUGUGCACACGUAAAAAUCUCACAACUUGUCAACAAGAUGUGUUCGCAACAGGCUUGUAGCAAGUUUCUCAACAAGUUGUAACAACCCUGUUAUUUUAUCAAGUUGCUACAAGGUUGUCACUCACAACUUGUUGACAGAUUGUUGAAUUGCAGGACGAUAACAAGUUGUUGGAACAACUUGAUACAAGUCUGCUGCAGGUUUGUUACAACUUGUGUGCGUUUUUACGUGUGUAGGUUAAAAACAAGUUGUUACAAGUCUGUUCACAAGCUGUCGACAAGUUGUGUUCGCACUGCUUGUUCCCAGUUGUUGUAAUAAGUUUGGAACAAGCUGUUAAAAACUUGUAACAAGGUUGAUGGCAUUAUCAGACUUGUUACAAGGUUGUUCUAACAAGUCUGAUACAGUCAUGAUAUAACAAGAAUGUUACAAGGUUGACAACGCAAGGUUGUAACAAUAUUGUUAUAUCAUGACUGUAUCGGACUUGUUGGAACAACCUUGCAACAAGUCUGAUGAUAUCAACAAGGUUGUUACAAGUUGUUAACAGCUUGUUCCAAACUUGUUGAUAACUUGGGACAAGCAGUGCGAACACAACUUGUUGACGACUUGUUGGCAGACUUGCUAUGGGAUGUGAGAAUUUUCCGUGUGUAGAGUGGAAGAAAUGACUUCGACCCAAAAGAGAAUUCUACGUUACGACUUACGAUAAGGUUGAAGUGGAAUCCAGGCACUUAUGAGUAAAUAAGUACACUUCUCAUAAUACUAGACAAAAUUACUCAGACGCUUAUAGCGAUUAGUCGAGUUAAAUUUUAAACAUUAAUUGAGUCAAAUUGGGUUAGUUUCUUGCUACGAAGAUGAACAGGUCGGCUCAUGAACCAAUAUCGUGUGAAAUUCAGACCGUUUCAAUUUGCUAAAAAUCUUACCCAAACGUCGAAAAAAACAUACUAAUAAUGGAAACUGUGAUAAUUUAGAUAUCAAUUGUAAGUACAUAUAUUAUUAUAUUCUAUAAUUUAUUUUUAUUGAAAUUUUUUAAAUAUAUACUGUAAUACAGUACUUAAACGUUUUAAUUAUUGAAAAGCGACCGUGGUCUCUAGAAUACAACCCAUACUAAUUAAACCAGAUCCACGUUUGAGAUUUUUCUCAGAUAGUUUAGAACAGUAACACUGGGCUCCACGUACAAACAUAAAAACGCACAAGUUGUUACAGGUCUGCAAACAAGUUGUUACAAAUCUGUUCACAAGCUGUCGACAAGUUGUGUUCGCACUGCUUGUUCCCAGUUAUUGUAACAAGUUUGAAACAAGCUGUUAACAACUCGUAACAAGUUUGAUGGCAUUAUCAGACUUGUUACAAAGUUGUUCUAACAAGUCUGAUACAAUCAUGAUGUAACAAGAAUGUUACAAGGUUGUAACAAUAUUGUUAUAUUAUGACUGUAUCGGACUUGUUGAAACAACUUUGCAACAAGUCUGAUAAUAUCAACAAUGACAGUUAGUUAAUUUUAAUGUUAGACUUGCAUCGCUCAUUGGUCUAAUGGGUAAAAAUCUCACAGCUUGUCAACAAGAAUGUUCGUUCCCAGUUGUUGACAAGUCCGGAACAAGUUGUUAAAUUUGUUAUCAUCUUGUAACAAGGUUGAUGAGGCCAACAGACUCGCAACAAGUUGUUCCAACAAGUCUGAUAUCGUCUGCACGUAACAAGUUGUUAACAAGUUGAUGACAACAAGCUCGUAGCAACUUGUUACGAACAGCCUGUAUUAGUCUUGUUGGAACAACUUGUAGCAAGUCUGUUACCGUCAUCAACCUUGUAACAAGAUGAUAACAACUUGUUCCAGACUUGUCACAACAACUGGGAACAAGCAGUGCGAACACAUCCUGAUAUCGGCUUCACAACAACCUUGUUACAAUCUGUAACAAAUUGCGCGUUUUUACGUACGACUUACUGCACCCAAAUACGCAAAUAUACUCAAAAGUUCCUUUCUGGACCGAUAAAUAAAAGUCCUGUUUUUCUAUAUGUCUAUUAAUCACAGGUUCAGAGAGAUGUUGUGAAAAACCGGGGCUGGAAUUGACCCUGACCCCCGCCAGAAACCUUCCUAAACCGAUUCAUUAAAAUCCUGUUCCUCUAUAUGACUAUUGAGCACUGGUUCGGAGCGAUGUCGCGAAAACCCGGGGGUAGAAUGACCUUGUGGUUGCCAUGACAUCGACGCUCGAAACUCCUCGAUAUCAUUCUCAUCGUUGAGAGACGUCAGACCAUCGUAGGCACGAGUGUAGAGCUCUAACCCCUUCGCAAAGAAAUAGAUCUCAUUGUGGAUAAAAUCUCGGAAUAUCUGUUUAAUUUCUCGGAUUUUAGCGCGUUCGAAUUCCUCCAUCUGUUCGUGGAGAAUUCUCGAGCUUCGACCUGCUUCGUCUGAGGCUUUCUGGAACUCCGUUUGAGCUCUUGCAAGCCGACUCGGGUUCGACGCCGAGCGAGUUUUCAACCGUUCUAAGGAUUUAUACUUCUUCACUUCGUUGUCCAAAGCGCCGAGGUUCGAUUUCACAUCGUCCUUCGCUUGUCGACAUUUUGUCUUGUAAAUACUAAACGCUUGUACGUUUUUGUCGGCGAUUUGCUGGACUUGUUCAUGUCGUAGGUCUUGUAUAGUGGCAAAGCAUUCGGCAAACGUAUGUAACGCCUGUUUCAGACCACUCGAUUCCUCGUCAGCGUAGGUCUCAACAGCUUUGUGAAACUCGUCUCCGGCGUUGCGAAGUUUGCCUAAACGGACGGCAUAAUGGUUUAAUUUCGUCGCCAGCUCGUCGAAGUGUGUUUCAACCGAGUUGAUGCUUUUGUCAGCGACUUUUCUUUCGUGCUCGUUCGCUUUAAUAGUCGUGCUAAGGUCUGGCAAAGAAACACUUGUAUUUGCACGUCGUAAACUACCGCCACCAGCCGACGCCAUUUUGUGAAAGUCUAAGGUUUCAAAUCUCCCCCGGCUACGGUUGAACGGUUUUAU